AUGCCAUCUGAAUUACAAUACGAAUGGCUCACCUUCCGAAAUGAGUUGAAACAAUUAGAAGAGAUAAAAAUUCCACGAUGGCUUGGCAUGCGGCCGCAGGCUGAAUCACAUAUAUAUGGUUUUUGCGAUGCCAGCACUAAGGCAUAUGCUGCUGUCAUUUACUUAUGCACUAAACGCAACGAUGGGCAACCUAUUAGUCAGAUAGUUGCAUCGAAAACUCGAGUAGCGCCACUACAUAGCAUCACUAUACCUCGCUUGGAGUUGAGCGCUGCCCAUCUAUUGGCUACACUUCUGGGCGAAAUAAAAGGAGCUCUACGCUUGGAGCAGAUAUCAUACCGAUUGUUUCCAGAUUCCAAUAUUGUGUUACAUUGGCUGCAUAAAAGCACAUCGCAGUUGAACCAAUAUGUGGCAAAUCGGGUUGGCUUCAUUCAGCAGAAAACUGAUAUUGCAAAUUGGCAUCAUAUCCCUACAAAAUUGAAUCCAGCUGAUUGUGCAAGCCGUGGCAGCACUGUAUCAGCGCUACUACAUCAUCAUUUGUGGUGGCAUGGCCCCACAUCGGAUAACUAUCCAAUCGCCAGAAUACAUACACUGGCACCAGAGGAGAUCGUGGAGAUGGAGGGGGAAUUAAAACCAGUAAAAUCCAAUGUAAUGCAGACAACCACAUUGCACACAUUGCAAACUCGGCGGCACAAGCAUAUUAUGAUGAAUCAACGUAUGGCAUCGUUACCAAAGGCACGCGUUACCCCCGCACCCCCCUUUUCAGUAUCAGGCGUCGACUAUUGUGGCCCAUUCAACAUACGCAUCGGUUCGAAGGCCAUCCGCACAGUGAAGAAAACUUAUGCAGCGAUAUUUGUGUGUAUGGCAACAAAAGCGGUACACAUAGAAUUGGCGGAAGAUCUCUCGGCAGAGGCGUUUAUCAAUAUCUACACCCGUUUCGUAAAUCGACGUGGUCUAUGUACCGACUUAUAUAGUGAUAAUGGCACAGCCUUCGUAGGCGCAAAUCGCAUGAUGGCAGAAGAUCUGCAAGCAUGGCAUGGCGAGUAUGCUCAGCAGAACCUGGCAAACAAGGGCACACGUUGGCAUUUUAUAUCGCCGGGAGCUCCACAUCAUGGCGGGCUCUGGGAGGCCGCUGUGAAAUCUGCCAAAAAACACAUACUUCGAAUAGUUGACACGCGCUCUAUCUACUACGACCAGUUGCACACACUUUUGGUGCAUGUGGAACCUUGUCUAAAUUCCCGGCCGCUGGUUGCACUACAUGAUACCCUUGACGACAAGAUGGCAUUAUCACCGGCUGACUUCCUGAUCGGGAGAUCAAUCGUGGCAGUGGCCGAAAAAUCAACUGGCGAAGUACCUUCUAAUCGACUGUCUUAUUAUCGUCAGCUACGGCAGAUGCAGCAGCAUUUCUGGCAGCAAUGGCAUGAUGAGUAUCUCUCCACGUUACAGACCCGAUCAAAAUGGCAUAAGAACAAUGACAGUAUCCAGCUAGGCGACAUUGUAAUCAUUCGCCACGAGAACCUACCAGCUACGCACUGGCGACUUGGCAGGGUGGUACGGUUACAUCCAGGUACCGAUGGCUUGGUACGUGUGGUCACCAUCAAACAUGCAACAGGCGAGUGCAUGCGACCAAUACAGAAAAUCUGUAGGCUUUUGGAUCAUCCUGAACUUACCCGUCCAGCCGGGCAGGAUGUAUGA